GAUUGCCAAUCAGACCUCCCUCCUUUUGCGCACUACUUCCACAAGAACUCUCAUACGAGACAGUUGAAGUUGACAAAAUUUACAUCCCAACGAACGCAUUGUUGGUCGCCGAAAGAUCGGAAGGCCGUGUUGAUAGGAGGGGCAGGGUACGUUUACUUUGGAAGAAUCAAUGCCCGCCUUGUGUUUUUACUCAAAGCUAGAGGCGAGCCAUUUGCAAUUAUCCAGGCCAGCAAAUCACUGAAACCCAAAGCUGGAAUCUUUCUCGGGUUCGGGAAAUGUCCUCAUAGCAGGACGUACGAGAUCGGGGACGUGAUUGUGGCAGAUACGAUAGCUCGAAAGAACCCCAAACUUGGAAAACUUGAAAGCCUAGCGUGCAGUGAAUGUUUGAUCAACGUGUUCAAAAAUGGCAAAUAUGGAUGGAAACCGCCCAAGUACCGCAAGCAAGCUGUCCAUGUUGGUAAAGUAUUUCAGAUGGGAGAUUUCACAAAGAAUGAGAGAGCUAUUGCGGUAACUGUGAGAACUUCAAGCUUAGGUGGGUAGUUGUGCUCAUAAACCUAGAUUUCAAUGAGGCUGGAAAAUUUUGGUGAAAUUCCGCGUCUCUGUCGUCUCUUUUUCUUGCAAAAAACAUUCUUUUUAUUGGUUUUUAUAAAGAAAUUGUGAACCAAAUCAAAAGACAACGUGAAGUAGACGUAAAAGUGCUUCAUCUUAUAAAGCUGACAUGUUCUUUUCGCAGAUAUACUUGAAUGCUGCAAAGUCCUGGGUAAAGAAUGGAUCGUACUUGCAGGCAUGAUUGGCACUCAGCGUUACCAUGGAAACACUUCUUGGGAGCAAUACGUAGCAGUGGUCUUGAGCUCACUGGUGAAUAAGAUGCUACAGGAUGACCAAGUGUUUGCAAUCUUAGGAGGAGAGGGUGGGGAGCCCAGAUGACACAGUCCCCUCCCUGGAAACCCUCUGCAAGAAACAGUUUCUCUUAAAAGUAAGCUGGGAUUAUAAAUUGUAAGUGGGUGCCAGCUCAACCUCUUUCCCAGGACCUCGUCUAAGAGGGGAGUCUUUGGGGACAAUACCUUGGCGGAUCUAGGGGAAGACAAGAAUAAUAUGUCCCUGGCCAAAUGUAAGCGGCUAGCAUCGAAUGAAGUUCUGGCAAAUGGGAAACCUCCGAGUCUUGAAACAGGAAGUCAAGCACUCGGUAGGGAACCAAACCGCUUUACUCUACCACCCCUCCGCUCUUUGUCUUCUGGGAAUCGCAGGACACCUCUCCAGGAUAACCUGACAAGCUGCGCUGCUUCCUCUAGGCGCCACCCUACAGACGCACGGCAGCUGCCUGGAAAUAAUCAGGAUCAAGACAGAGGAGAGGGCAACGGUGAGCAGACAAGGAGCAGUUCUCCCUCCCAUAACCCGCCGGCAGAAGAAAAGAGCGUGAUGUUUGCAAGCUGA